CAGAGGACUCACACAGUUCAGAAACCGUUUGCAUGUCCUUAUUGUGGGAAAGCUUUCAGUAAGAAUUCUGACUUGGUGAGCCAUCAGAGGACUCACACAGGAGAGAAUUCCUUUAAAUGUCCUGUUUGUUGGAAAAGUUUUGGUCAGAAUUCUCACCUGGUGAGCCAUCAGAGGACUCACACAGGAGAGAAACCCUUUGAAUGCCCUAUUUGUGGGAAAAGUUUCAGUCAGAAUUCCAACCUGGCAAGUCAUCAGAGGACUCACACAGGAGAAAAACCCUUUGAAUGUCCUAUUUGUGGGAAAAGUUUCAGUCAGAAUUCCAACCUGGUGAGUCAUCAGAGGACUCACACAGGAGAGAAACCCUUUGAAUGUCCUGUUUGUGGGAAACGUUUCAGUCAUAAUUCCAGCCUGGUGAGCCAUCAGAAGACUCAUACAGCAGAGAAUCCAUUUGAAUGUCCUGUUUGUGGGAAAGGUUUCAGUGAUAAUUCCACCCUAGUAAGACACCAGAGGAUUCACAGAGGAGAAAAACCCUUUGAAUGUCCUCUUUGUGGGAAAAGUUUCAGUCAGAAUUCUCUCCUCGUGAGGCAUCAGAGGACUCACACAGGAGAAAAACCCUUUGAAUGUCCUAUUUGUGGGAAAAGUUUCAGUCAGAAUUCCAACCUGGUGAAACAUCAAAGGACUCACACAGUUGAGACACCCUUUGAAUGUCCUGUUUGCGGGAAAAGUUUCAGUAAGAAUUUUAACCUGUUAAGACACCAGAGGACUCACACAGUUGAGACACCCUUUGAAUGUCCUGUUUGCGGGAAAAGUUUCAGUCAGAAUUCUCUCCUGGUGAGGCAUCAGAGAACUCACACAGGAGAAAAACCCUUUGAAUGUCCUAUUUGUGGGAAAAGUUUCAGUCAGAAUCCCAACCUAGUGAAACAUCAAAGGAUUCAUACAGGAGAGAAACCCUUUAAAUGCCCUGUGUGCGGGAAAAGUUUCAGUCAGAAUUCUGUCCUGGUGAACCAUCAGAGGACUCACACAGGAGAAAAACCCUUUGAAUGUCCUAUUUGUGGGAAAACUUUCAGUCAGAAUCCCAACCUGGUGAAACAUCAAAUGAUGCACACAGGAGAGAAACCCUUUAAAUGCCCUGUGUGCGGGAAAAGUUUCAGUCAGAAUUCCAGCCUAGUGAGCCAUCAGAGGACUCACACAGGAGAGAAACCCUUUGAA